AACUGGUUCUUCUUGACUGGUAUAGCAAAAGACUAUACAUUGAGAUAUACAUUAAUUGGUAUUGGGUUCUUCUCCAUCUUUGCUAUCUGCUAUACUUGCUAUACUUCUCCUUUAAUAUUGUGUUGUAAAGUGAAACUUAAUUGAAUUUAUCUAAAAAGUUAUCAAAAUGGGUAAAGGUGGUGAUUCCAAGCCAAAAGGACGUAUGUCUGCUUAUGCUUAUUUUGUUCAAACAUGUCGUGAAGAACACAAAAAGAAACAUCCUUCAGAGAAUGUGGUAUUUGCUGAGUUCUCAAAGAAAUGUGCUGAAAGAUGGAAGACUAUGAAUGAGAAAGAGAAGCAACGUUUCCAUACAAUGGCUGAGAAAGACAAGAAACGUUAUGAUACAGAAAUGGCUGACUACAAGCCUUCUAAAAAUGAGAAAGGCGGUAAAAAGAGGAAACGGGCAAAGGAUCCUAAUGCACCUAAAAGGUCACUUUCUGCAUUUUUCUGGUUCUGUAAUGAUGAGAGGUCAAAGGUAAAGGAGACUAUGCCAGAGGCUAGCGUAGGUGAAGUUGCCAAAGAACUUGGUCGACGAUGGGGUGAUAUCAGUGAGAAGGACAAGUCGAAAUACGAAGCUCUUGCUGCUAAAGACAAAGCUAGAUAUGAAAAGGAGUCUAAUGCUUACAAGAACAAAAAACCUAAAGCUACAGCUAAAAGCUCUAAGAAGGCCGAUUCUGACGAUGAAGAUGAGGAAGAGGAAGAAGAGGAAGAAGAAGACGAUGACGAUGAAUAAACAUUCAUUUUUAAACAUUUAAAUUGUAAUCUGUAUUUUGCAGUUCUAGAAUCAUUAUGAUUUAACACGAUGAUCAACAUCAUAAUUGUUGAUUGCGAGAGAGAAAACAAAAAAAAGUUGAAAAAAAUGUACCAAUCAACCUUUCAUCUAAUUUCAUCACUAAAUUCACCACCGCUUCUCUUAUCCAUCAAAGACUUUGGAAGUUGAUAAAAAUGAAAUAAUCAAUUGAACCCAAGUCAAAUUCAUAAAAAAAAUAAAUUAGCAGAUGAAAAUCCAGUCGACUUUAACAAUCCAACUAUUAGGAUUAAAAACAUUAAUUCAUUUGAGUAAAAUCUCAACCUGAACCCGCCCGCUAUCCACUUAUCCCAUCCUCGUUCUAUUAUGACUUCUAUUUUUUUUUCAUCUCCUUUUCUCUUCAUCCUUACCGUUAUAAAUUGUCGCGCUUUUUCUGUCCCUAUACCAUUCAAAAUUUGUAUUCACUUACUCAUUUUAUCAACUAUCACAAAAUACACACUUCACUUGAUACAUACAAAUACUGAAA